AAUAUUUUAAUUUUAUUGAGUUCUCAGCAUAUAUCUUAAAUUAUGGUUCUGAGUUUUUUUUCAUAAUAGUCUUAAAUCAUAUUUUUCAUAUACAAUAUGAUCCACGGCCACGGAUUAAUCUGUGUCCACGGCUAUAGUCGUGAUCUAAGCUAAUAGUACUAUUUUAAUUCAUGGUUACCUACGACAUUCGGAUAAGUUAUCUGCUAUCAUGAUUUAAGAUGUAUCUACCUAUAUUAGUCAUCAAUUAAAAAGACUUUCUAAUACUAUAGAAGUCUGUGGUAAAUCAUGUCUUAAAUCGUAAUGUUAUUUUAUUAUUAUACUUAUCUUAAGACUUAAAUCAUGUCUGCUACUAUAUUAUAAGUUGGUUAUCCAUCGGCUAUUGAUUUGUUGACAGUAUUCAAUAGGUAUUGUAUGAGUGUAUCAAUUUACCUACGUCACUUACAACUAUCAAGUUUAAUGUUCAAUAGGUACUUGAACAAAUAAAAACUAUAUUCUGACAUUUUUUCUUGAUCCGGGGUCACCAAUGAAUAAUUCAUUUACAUAUUGUUUAUAUAACCAUAAAAGCAAAGAAAUCACGUCAUACAAUUUAAUUUGUUAAGACUAUUGUGUUAUUAAACCAAUAUGCCGUUAAAAGGAUUAAACGUCUUAGAAUUUUCUGGAUUGGCACCAGUACCUUUUGUUGGAUCUAUAUUAUCAGAUUUUGGAGCUAAUGUGACCAUUAUCCAAAAAAGAAAUGUUAUUAUGCAACUUACAGGCUUUUUAGAUGGUGGUAAAAAGUCUAUAUGUAUAAAUUUAAAACAUCCAGAAGGUGUUGAGAUUACACAGAAAUUAAUCACUAAUGCUGACAUCUUACUUGAACCGUAUAGACCUGGUAUUAUGGAAAAACUGGGAUUAGGCCCCGAUGUAAUGAUGGCCAAAAAUCCACGUUUAAUAUAUGCUCGAUUGAAUGGAUAUGGUUCACAAGGAAAAUAUGCACAGAGAGCUGGUCACGAUAUAAAUUAUUUAGCCAUAUCAGGGUUGUUAUCAUUGUAUGGUUCAAAAAAUACAAAACCUGUUCCUCCUAUAAAUUUUUCUGAAUUUGCGGGUGGUAGUAUGGUAUGUGUAAUGGGAAUUUUAAUGGCAGUCAUAGAAAGAUACAAAAGUGGAAAAGGUCAAGUGGUCGACGCCAACAUAACUGAAGGCAUUUCGUAUGUUGGAAGUUGGUUGAUGUGUACACAAGAUUCAAUGAUUUGGGGAAAACCGAAAGGACAGAAUUUACUGGAUGGAGGAAUGCACUUCUAUGAUACAUACGAAACCAAAGAUGGUAAAUGGAUGGCUGUCGGUGCAAUAGAACCAGAAUUUUAUAAAGUGUUCAUCGAAGGACUAGGAUUGAACAUUGAUGAAAUUGAACAGAUGGAUAAUUUUGAAAGUAAUAGAGAAAUUAUUUCAAAAAAAUUUAAAGAGAAAACAAGAGAAGAAUGGUGCAAUAUUUUUGAAUCAAAAGAUGCUUGUGUUACUCCUGUGUUAGAGCUAGACGAAGUUGAUCAGCAUCCUCAUAAUGCAAGUAGAAAUUCAUUUAUAAGGAAAGAUAAUACUGUGCUGCCCGUUCCUGCACCAAAACUUAGUGCCACUCCUGGUGUUUCAAGUUCAACUAAACCGAUUGCAGUUUGUGGACAGAAUACAAGGGAAAUACUUGAAAGUAUGGGAUAUAAUCAAAAGGAAAUCAACAAACUAUUUCAAAAUAAGACUAUAUUUGAAGAUUCAAAAUCAAGAUUAUAGUUGGGUAUUUUAGCUUAUGUAGGGAAGUAAGCUUUUGUCAUCAUAUUUUUAUGUAUAUAAUAGUUUUAUUUUUGAGAUUGUAUAUCAUUUUUUGUUUUGUUUUAAUAGAAAAAAUAAAAAAAAUUAGUAUUUUUAAUACAAACA